CCCUGUUACGGUUGUUGUCAUCGCAUCUGAACCACCACCACCAAAGAAAUGAAGAUAGCACUACCUAUGCUAGGAUGUCUUUGUGCGUUGGUGAUCCUAAUGUCACCUGAAGCGACCACAACAUCUUUAGACUACGACAGUUUCGAUGUUUCAGGUGUUGGCGACUUGUACGAGGGCCUGAAGCGAGCAGCUUAUCCAGAAAGGGUGUACAAGAUGGAAGAGCGAAAAGAUAAUAGGACGCCACAGCUAAGACUACGAUUCGGACGAAGAAGUGUUCCCCUUUUUCCUCUGGAAGAAAGACGUCUCGACCAGUCAAGAAUGGAUUACUUCAGCAACUAACAAAUAUUCAGUUUAUUUGAUUUUUAGUAUAGGAAUAGCAUGAGCAUGUUGAUUAAAAUGCAAUAUGUCAUAUGGUUUUCAAAAAUAAUUCAUAAUUUAGAUGUCGUCUUGGUAUAAAACGUAGUUGUAACACUUUUUGCAAGCCCAUUGUUAAUAAACAAGGUCAAUUUUAUUCCAAUGUUUUCAAUUCAAUAUAAUAACCAGUGUUUGAACCAUUUA